AUUUAGCAACAGAAGAAAAGAAAAGCACAGGUUUGUGUAACCAGUAUUAUUACAGUGGCGGUUGGUGUUAUGUAUUAUGAUGUAAUAAUAAUUUUAUUGCCWACUAGCUCGAUAGCCAUUUAAUAUGGCCUUAUUUCCCAUAAAAAGACGCAGAGAUUCGGAUUAAUGACCUUUUCAGACUACUUUCUUCUCCAAAAUGCAGCCUCUGCUCCACCAGCUUGUAUUAUUAGAGCUCAGAACAAAAAAAAUGCUGCUGAAGAUGCCCCAGAAGCUGCUGAAAACUGCCCACUACAUCGAGCUGGGCAGUUACCAGCACUGGCCUGUGCUGCUGCCACAGAGGAUACGGCUGUACACCUAUGAGCAAAUCCCCAUCUUCCUUAAAGAAAACCCUUACAUCACAGACGGUUACAGGGCUCACCUGACCUCCAAACUCUGCCUGAAGAGUAUUUUGAUUCUUUCCAACGAGACGGUGAACAUCUGGAGCCACCUUCUGGGUUUCCUGCUGUUUUUCUCUCUGGGGCUCAAUGACCUCUCCUCAGUCCUGCCAGCCGCCGGCGCGAACAGAGAGGACUACGUCAUCUACGCUAUUGGGCUGUUCUGCUUCCAGGUUUGCAUGCUGUGUUCGGUGGGGUAUCAUCUUUUCUCGUGCCACCGUUCUGAAAAGACGUGCCGUCGCUGGCUGUCCCUGGACUACGCCGGCAUCUCUGUUGGCAUCCUGGGAUGUUAUGUUCCCGGGAUUUUCUACGCUUUCUACUGUAACGCUUUUUGGCGACAGGUGUACCUGCUGACCGUGCUGUCCCUGAUCCUGGCCGUGUUCAGCGCUCAGGUCCACCCUCAUUACCUCAGCAACGACUGGAAAGUGAUCAGAAUGGCAAUUUUCUUCUGUGUGUCGGGGAUUAGCGUGAUUCCUGCGUGCCACUGGGUCUGGCUGAGUGAAGGAUUCACAUCUGAAGUCGUGCAGCUGUUCCUCCCUCGUGUGGUAGUGAUGUACUUGAUAGCUGGAUUUGCUUUCCUGUUCUACGUCACCAAAAUCCCUGAACGAUAUUUCCCCGGCCAGGUGAACUACAUCGGUGCCAGCCACCAGCUGUGGCACCUGCUGGUGGUUCUGAUGUUUUACUGGUGGCAUCAGACCGCUGUGCUCAUCAUGCACUUCAGACACAGCCAGCCGUGUURCAGUGGGACCAGCAACUAAGUGAACUUCACAAUAAGAGCAUCACCUUCAUUAUAACAAACCUCAGCUGCUGCCUUUAUCAACCUACCUGUGAGUACACGGUGCCAAACUGGCAGAGGGACGGUGAUCAGGAAGGAAAACACUUUAGAUCAAUGCAUGAAAAAGUGUUUGUUGUUUUUGUAUGAACAAACUGGGUUUUGGGGCUUUUAGGUGACAGAUUUCAUCUCAUGGUUGGUUACAGUUGGGUUUUUUGUUUUUUUUAAAGAAGUGUUAGAAAAUCAAAGGAUUGUUAAGAAUCAAAAUGAUAAUUUUUUGUUUACACUUUAGUUUGUACAGUAAUAAAUAAAAUGUUAUGGUUUACGCUGGGAACAAAUUAGAACAGGACAGUUUAUGAAACUCGCGAACAAAACUUUUUAUAUUGCUCAAUGAUGGUGUUUACAUUAAGAGCAAUAUUUCAACUGUAAAAGCUUUUUAAAACAAGACCUGAAUCAUUUUAUUCUUUUUAAAUGAGCUGCAUGUUUGACAGUCUGAUCGUAUUGUCUUAUUACAGACAACAGUUUGAUUAUUGACUGUGGAAAUAGUUUUUGUUUUUUUAAAAACAAAGUAGCAAUGAUGGCAUUAACUUAAAAAAAUACUGUAAAACUUAACCACAUUAUAAAUACUAAUAAUUAAAGUCAUUAAAAGUCAAUCAGUCACUGAGCAGAACAAUCCUCCUUUUUACACUAAUACAGUAAUAUUUAUUAUUGUCUGAACUUGUUUCUGCUCAGAUUAGUGCUCAUUUAAAUCCACUUGGUUGCCUGUCUGCCUGUUUUUGACUUUUUUGUAUUUUGCAUUUUUCCACAUCGCAGCUUUAUUUGAGAAAGACCARGCAGUCACGCUAAAACAAUCACUUAAAUACAAACCUUUGUGGACAGGAGACAAAUUGAUCUCCAACAAAGUUAAAAGCAACUUUACUGAACGUGUGCACCUUAGUUUUUCCAUCUGUUUGUGGAAAAAAAAAGCACUUCUGAGAAUCAAGAUGAGUUAAUCUGCCUUUUUUUUCUUCUUCAUUGAAUGUCAAAUGCUUUUUUAGGUAAACACAGAGUUUAGCUGCCUGGCCCGGUCCUGUUGUAAACUAUUACUUUUAACAUUUAACAGGCGGAACAUUAUGAACAGGAUUGUGACUGAUUUUAGUUUGAAGAUUUGUCAUUGAUUUAAAGAAAAAGUGAAAGCUGUAUAAGUUGCGAUGCCUUUUCAUGCCCAAAUUGGGAUAAGUGGCUUUAGUAAAUCCUWGAGUAGACCAUUUCCUAGUUAAAAAAUAUAAAAAAUGUGCAUGUGUGAAGCAGGCCAAACUCACGUUUCUGGGAAAACGUUGAGGUUUUUAUGGAAGCAUCAUCAUAAUUGAAGAAAUUUAACUGGUAAAUUUACGCUGACCCAAUGUUUUCGCUCUAAUCAGAUUCCUGUUAAAACUUUCUGUUAGGAUCAUGGAUGCAGGGUUUCCCCCCAYAAAAGAGGCWAAGCCCGGGGGUAGGUGGCGCCAGMCUUACUGCUCAGCCCGCCUGCCAGCGAUUCAUUAAAAAAAUGAUUAAAGUUUACAGGAAAGUUGAAAUGUGACUAUUUAUUAUGUGAUUUUGCACAAAUAUUUGCACCACUACAGUCUUACAAAAAAGGCACACUUUUGAAACUGUUUACUAAAAUUACAAUCAAGCAUUGUUUGCACUUAAGUUGAAGCCUGCUUUAAAAGCCAUACUUAUAAACAAAUUAAAUUAACACAAAUUAUUAAGUGUAAACAAAGCACCAACCCACGUCUCACAUCAGAGCCACUUAACAAAACUCAAAACACCAGUAUUUUCUCCUUUUAACCACUAGAUGUCGCCAUUGUGCGCAGUUGGAUUUUACCAGGAAUCCUCCAAAAACCUUCAUAAUCACCGUCACCGUGUAUAAAAAUGACGUAAUUUAAAACAAUCAAGCAGCGCUUAGCCUGGCAGCGGGGGCAGCAAAGCAUGCCGGGCUGCCAGGCCUAUAAUACACUGGGGGAAACACUGGGAUUUUUCCAAAUAUCUAAGCUAUAAAUCUGCUUUUCGAGCUGGUUGAAUUUGCACAAUUUCAAUGUCAUUUUUUAUACUAACCUCAGCAUUUUAUCAGUUGACCUGUGAUUCAGACGAAUUGGGUCUUCUAGUACUCAUAACAAAGAAAUUAUCUUUUUUUUUUCACUUGACUCAAACUAAACUAACUUGUAAUUUGAUCAGUCAGCUUGAAAUUCCAAACAGGUCGUGUCAGCAGCUAAGUUCUGUUUUUCCUGCCAGUAUUGAAACUAAAACUAAAGCUUUAACUUUUCUUUUAUGCAGAUUUAUGUCCAUGUUAGUAAAUUCAACCAUAAAAACAAAAAAUCUACUGUUGUGAACUCUUUGAUACGGCUGCCUGUUAGAAACCUGGAGCUUCUACUGAACUUGGGUUAAGUUAGGCCAGUGGAAAAUGUAUCAGCUGCACAAUUUAUUUUCCAUCUUUCAUGUGAAACAAGCAGAUUUGUUGUUUGGUAUUAUAUUUCUUCACUUGUACUGUUUCUAUCAUGUUUGAUUUAUUUAUUUUUUUACUUUAUAUCUUGGAGUUUGCACACAUCAAAACAAGAAUUGAUCAAACUGUCGGACUAAAAGGCCAGUUUCUUAUUUCUUUAUUUAUUUUAUUUUUAUAAUCGAGUAUAAAAGCACUUCUUAUGAAUUGUUUUCUUUUAAAACCUUUUGUGUGUUUGUGUGUUUUUUGAAUCUCAUCUGUACGAUAAUGAGCCAGCACUGACUACUGAGAUGUAUAUUUAUUCCAGUGCCUAUGUAAAAAUAUAUUUUGAAUGAAUUAAAAAUGCUGGAAAACAA